AUCGCUAGAACGCUCAUCCGCCAUGUCUGCGUCGUCGUCGUCGUCCCAGGGCGCCGUCGUCGCAGCGCCUCCGCAGCGCCUGCUCCGCCUGCUGCACGAUGUCCAUGCCGUGCAAGUUCCCAGUCUGAAGCGAGCUUCGUCGCUCGGUCCGCGCUCCGAGGGGGCGCCGUCGCUCGACGACGUCGAGUCCGAGCUCACUGCGACGCUCCUCGACGUGGACCGGGCGCUCGAGGCGUUCAAGCUCGAAGCCUUUGAUCUCGGCGACACGGAGUCAGAGCGCCGGGAAUGGGCAGAGGCAGUGACAAGGGCCUCGCAAGAUGUAUCGAGGGCAAGGCGAGAGGCGAACCUGGCCAUGGUGCAGGCUCGAAAGGCACAAAGAGCCAAUGCGGGCCGUGGAGAUCUGUUUGGGGACAUGGCAUCGAGCGCAGAGGAGCGUCGGCGGAGGCGAGAGGCGGCCGCCGCCGAUGAUCGAGGCGCCGAUGACAAGCUCAUGACGGCUUCCUCAGACGUCACAUCGGCGCUCCAACGGACCGUGGCGCUCAUGUCGGCCGAGCUGGAGAAGUCGUCCUACUCGUCGCAGCUCCUCGACGAGUCCUCGACGACGCUGCAGGCAGCCACGGCGCAGUACCAGUCCUUUUCCGACCUCGUCGCCUCGUCGCGCCAGCUGAUCAAGAGCAUGGAGCGCGCAGACCUGUACGAUGCAGCGCUGCUCCUCCUCAGCUUUGCCUUUUUCUGCGCAUGCAUCCUCUACAUUCUCAAGGUCCGCAUCUGGGACCGCGGCGUGGGCAUCCUGGGCUUCUUCUUUCGCAUCGGCGGCAUGGCCACGCGCACGAGGAGCAUGGGCGACGUCAAGGAGAAGCUCGAGCUGGCCAAGCAGGCCUCGGCUGCCGCUGCUGCUGCUGCUGCUACUUCUUCUUCAGCCUCCUCGGCUUCGGCCUGGUCCAAGAGCGCAAUGGAGGCUGCAAAGGAGGCUGCCAAGACGGCCGUCACGACGGCCAUUGCCGCGUCCGCCUCGUCUUCCAUCGCGGAGCCAGCAGCGCAACCCGACGAUGCGGCGCCCGCCGCUGCCACACCAGACGUGCACCACAUUGAGCUGUGACACAGACUUGUUCGCUGUACAGUAGACUGCAUACAAAAUACACUCAUGGUGAGAAGAGAGAGGAGAAGAGCAGAUACUACAAAUCGUCAAAGAAGUCAUUUCCCCCUCGCCGCUUCGGCACCACCUCGACCUUGCUCCUUUUGCUGCUGCUCCUCGUUUCUUCUGCAUCGCUUUCACUCCCUUCUUCCUCUUCCUCUUCCUCUUCCUCUUCUUCUUCUUCGUCUUCUUUGUCCUCUUCAGCCCUUGCUGCCCUCGAGAGGGGCGCCUCUGCCAAGCCCAUGCCCACAGCUCUCAGCCCUCCUCCAUCGUCCCUCUCUUCGUCUUCAUCAUCAUCCUCCUCCGAUGCCUCCC